AAGCUAAGCAACAAUGUCUCGCCGUGGUGGCGGCCCGUGGUGGCGGCCGACGAUCCGAAGCUCGUCGUCACCAGGACUCAUCAACUCCAUCACCUUCAUUUCAGCGCGGUGGUGGUGGUGGAGGCCGUGGCCGUGGUGGAAGAGGCGGCUCCACUCCUGCUCCGUUUCCAACUCCAGUUCGUGCUCCUACCUCGGCGGCACCCGGCUACGUCUCCGCAACCGCAGGUCCUUCUGCAAGACCAACUCCUCAAGCUGCUUAUACAGCGUCGGCGGCUUCGAGUUCCUCUUCAGUCGGGGAGCUGAGUCAAGAGACCGCAAAGAAGUUGACAUUGGGAGGGACCAUUACGACGGGAGGGCUGGUGUCUGUCUCUUCAAAGGCGAUGGUGCCUCCGCGACGACCAGACUAUGGAAAGACAGGGAAGAAAUGUGUGAUUAGAGCGAAUCAUUUUGUAGUUGAGGUUUCUGAUAGAGAUCUCUUUCACUACGAUGUGGCAAUAACUCCUGAAGUUACAUCAAAGAAAGUCAAUAGAGAGGUAAUAUCUCAACUUGUUCGUUGUUCCCGUGAGUCUCAUCUGGGCAACCGGAUGCCAGCUUAUGAUGGCAGGAAAAGUCUAUACACUGCUGGGGCAUUGCCUUUUGAAGCAAAGGAAUUUGUUGUGAAGUUGGCUGAGAAGGGUGAUCCUGCUAGUUCAUCCAGUUCUGUCAAAAAGGAACGUCAAUUUAAGGUGGCCAUCAAAUAUGCAUCCAAAGUUGAUAUGUAUCAUUUGAAGGAGUUCCUUAGUGGGAGACAAGCGGAUGCUCCACAGGAAACCAUACAAAUCCUUGACAUUGUUCUCAGAGCAUCACCAUCAGAAAAGUACAUUACUGUUGGGCGAUCAUUUUUCUCACCUGAUUUGGGUCCAAAAGGCGAUCUCGGUGAUGGAAUAGAAUAUUGGAGGGGGUAUUAUCAAAGUCUUCGGCCAACCCAAAUGGGACUAUCUUUCAAUAUUGAUGUGUCGGCCAGAUCCUUUUAUGAGCCAAUUCUGGUAACUGAGUUUGUAGCGAAGUACUUUAAUUUUAGAGACUUAUCAAGGCCUCUUUCUGAUCAGGAGCGUGUUAAGGUGAAAAAGGCCUUGAGAGGAAUCAAAGUACAAAUUACUUACAGUGACUACACUAAAAGCUACAAGAUUGCUGGCAUAUCAAAUCUACCAGUAAACAAAACAAUGUUUACUCUGGAUGAUAAGAAAACAAAGGUGUCAGUCUAUCAGUAUUUUUGGGAGAGAUACAAUAUUGGGCUGAAAUAUACAUCUUUGCCUCCCCUUCAAGCUGGAACUGAUGCAAAACCUAUUUAUUUGCCCAUGGAGCUUUGUCAGAUUGCUGGAGGACAACGAUAUACAAAGAAACUAAAUGAAAGACAAGUCACAGCCCUUUUAAGAGCAACCUGUCAGCGGCCUUCUGCUAGGGAAAAUAAUAUUAAGAAGAUGGUUAGGCAAAAUGAUUACAGUAGGAAUGCUCUUGUGAGGAAUGAAUUUGGAAUUCAAGUGAAAGAAGAACUCACAUUGGUUGAUGCUCGAGUAUUACCCCCUCCCAUGCUUAAAUAUCAUGAUACAGGGCGAGAAGCUAGAGUGGAUCCGCGCUUUGGACAAUGGAACAUGAUAGACAAGAAAAUGGUGAAUGGAGGCAGAAUUGAUUACUGGACCUGUUUGAACUUCUCUACAAGAGUGCACAGAGAGUUGCCAUCUGAAUUUUGUUGGCAGUUAAUGGAUAUGUGCAAUAACAAAGGAAUGGAAUUCAACCCAGAACCCAUUAUUCCAAUACGCUCAGCUGAUUCUAGGCAAAUUGAGAAGGCACUUCAUGAUGUUCAUAAGCAAUGCACUGCAGAACUUGCAAAUCAGAAGGGGAAACAGCUUCAGCUGCUGAUCAUUAUUCUACCUGAUGUCACCGGAUCCUAUGAGAAAAUCAAACGUGUUUGUGAAACUGAGUUAGGAAUAGUUUCACAAUGCUGUCAGCCCCAGCAGGCAAAGAAGCUCAGCAAACAAUACCUGGAAAAUGUUGCUCUCAAAAUUAAUGUGAAGGCUGGGGGACGAAACACUGUAUUGAAUGAUGCUUUUCAUAGAAGAAUUCCUCUUCUUACUGAUGUUCCUACUAUUGUUUUUGGUGCUGAUGUAACCCAUCCACAAGCGGGAGAAGAUGCAGGCCCAUCGAUUGCAGCAGUAGUUGGUUCUAUGGAUUGGCCAGAGGUAACCAAGUAUAGAGGACUUGUCUCUGCACAGGCUCACCGUGAAGAAAUUAUCGAGGAUCUUUACAAAAAAUACCAGGAUCCAAAGAAGGGUUUAGUGCAUGGUGGAAUGAUCAGGGAACUGUUAAUUGCUUUCAAAAGAUCCACCGGCCAAAAACCUUUUAGAAUUAUAUUCUACAGAGAUGGUGUUAGUGAAGGUCAAUUCAGCCAAGUUCUGCUGCAUGAGAUGCAGGCAAUACGGCAGGCAUGUGGCUCCCUAGAAGAAGGGUAUUGUCCUCGGGUUACCUUUGUAGUAGUUCAGAAAAGGCAUCAUACACGCUUUUUCCCUGCUGACCAUAGCAGGCGUGAUCAGACUGACAAGAGUGGCAAUAUCUUACCAGGUACAGUUGUUGAUACUACAAUUUGCCACCCUACAGAGUUUGACUUCUACCUUAACAGUCAUGCUGGAAUUCAGGGAACCAGCAGACCUACACAUUAUCACGUGUUGUUUGAUGAAAACAACUUCAGUUCUGAUGGUUUACAAACCCUCACCAACAAUUUGUGCUACACGUAUGCAAGGUGCACUCGGUCUGUUUCCAUAGUGCCUCCUGCAUAUUAUGCUCAUUUGGCAGCUUUUAGGGCGCGAUAUUACAUUGAGGGUGAAACAUCAGAUGCUGGUUCAUCUGGUGGGACUGCCGAGUUCCGUCCUCUUCCGGUUAUCAAAGAAAAUGUCAAGGAUGUUAUGUUUUACUGUUGAUGUAGACGGCCUUUCUUUUGUGCGGAGUUAUGCGGCUAUUUUGCACUCCAAUCAACUUCCAAAGCAUACAUCUGGUGCACGCAUCACUGUAGUUGAUGCGGAAAGAUACGUCAAGAAAGUCAUACGCGGCACUUCUUCCUUAUUAUAGAAAUGGUGAAAUACAAGGCUGGACUUUUGUCCACAUAUAAUGCUUUUUAA